AUGGACCGACGAGACUCUUUCCAAUCUGUCAGCAGCAAUGGCUCCACAUCCUCUCGCGUAUCCUUCUGUAAUGACGUUUCCAUCAAAAGUAUCGAACCAGCACUUGAAAAGGACUUAGCGUGGUAUUCCAGCAAUGAGCUGACCGAUAUUCGACGAGAUGCCAGCAUUGUUGUCUCUGCUAUGCGAUCCAAAGCAAUCCUAAGAGACACUGAGACGACAUGUACCCACGGUCUAAAUUCCCAAGUGAACAAGAGAAGAACCAAGGCUCGCAAAGAAGAUGCUCUCUUUGCCGUUCUGGAAGAACAGCACUAUCAACUCCAAGAAUCUCGCAAUGUUGUCGACCAAGAACUCAUUGCUGAGGUUUACUUCCACGUGACCAAGGGUAACCAAUUGUCCGCACUACGACGGGGACACAAGCAUGCCAAAGAUGUCCAAGACAUGUGGACGUGCUAA